GUAACCCUCGCGGCAGAAGGUAAACAAAACACUUCCCUCGGGACUUCCUCAGCUGGUGCCAUCGACGGGCUGGACAAGUAGUACACGAGGAAGUAGCACAGCCUAACUAGCCCCAUAAAACACCCAAGAAGAAGAAGUGGAGACAUCGGCCUUCAAGACGGCGGCAACUGUACCACUGACCCACACACAAGACAAUGUCCCGUCGGGUUGAUAUGAAAGUGGUGAUGCUGGGCCAGUCAGCUUGUGGCAAGACCAGCAUCGUUGAGCGCUUCAUAUACAACCGCUUCAGCUCUAACUACCAGGCAACUAUAGGUGCUGCCUUUGGAGCCCGUCGCGUGAAUGUGCAAGGCAAGGACAUUUGUGUUGGACUGUGGGACACAGCUGGCAGUGAGAGAUACGAGGCAAUGAGUCACAUGUACUACAGAGAUGCAAAAGCAGCUGUGAUCUGUUAUGAUAUCACAGAUGCUGAAAGUGCUGAGCGUGCCAAGUUCUGGGUGACGGAGAUUCAGAAGCACGAAGAGCAGUGCCACGUUUGGUUGUGUGGCACCAAACUGGACCUGGUUAUAGAGGACCCUAAGACUCGAGAAGUGGACUUCCAUGAUAUGUCUGACUACGCUGAGACGAUUGGUGGAAGAGUGGUUGAAACAUCAAGCAAGACAGGUGAGAAUGUAGAGAAACUCUUCAAUGCUGUCAUACAGGACUAUGCUCAGGGCCUCUCAGAUGGCGUGCCUUCCCCAGAAGACUCUUCAUUCCUCCUCAACACUGGGAGGACAGGAUAUAUAAGGAGCAAGUGCUGUCAUGACUAAAAGAAGCUGUGAGUCUUAGCAUUUCAGUCUUUGACACUGCACAGGUAAUCAUAUACAUGUAUACUUUCAUUCCUACUUUCAGAGGGUAAUUUUAAUUGUAUAUUUAACUUUCUCAGAAUAUUCAAAGUAGCAAAAAUAUAUAAGAAAUAUUUUUCCAGAAUAAGUAGAUAACCACUCGUGCCUCAAAACACAGGUGCUUCCACGGUGCUACACAAACAUACUUUACAAGAUGUGUCUUCUCCUACAAAGUCAUUGUGAUAUAAAACAUAAUUGUAAGCACUAUUUUAUUACAUAAUUUAAGGCAUUAUUUAAUCAAUAAUCUUGGUAAGGAAUUAUUAUAAUUUUUAUUCUAUUUAUAAUAAUCUUUAAUGUGCUUGCUCUGAAUAAAAAGACAACACUA